UGUUGUAGAUUGAUGUGCGCUUCUGUCGCCGCAUGCACUACUUCCAGCGUGUGGCUUCUUGCAAAUAACACUACAGUCAAUAUCCCGUUUUUUACAAUGGAGACCUUUAACCAAAUACUGUUACAGUACCCGCCAUUUGUAGUCGGAGGUGUCGGAGCAACAGCGAUAGCUGCAGGAGGAGCGCUCAUCUAUAGAAUUGCAACCAGGAAAAAACCAACUCAUGUCAAAGUGAAUUGUUGGUUCUGCAAUCAGGACACAAUUGUCCCCUAUGGGAACAGAAACUGCUGGGAUUGUCCAUACUGUGAACAGUAUAAUGGCUUUCAGGAGAACGGGGACUACAACAAACCUAUUCCUGCUCAGUACAUGGAGCAUCUCAACCAUGGUGUUUCAGCCGGUGUCCCGGAGUCACCAAAGACUUUGCAGUGGGUCAACUGUCAAAUGCUUCUGUGCAAGAAGUGCAACAACAACCAAACGCUGAAGAUUAAGCAGCUGGCCUCAUUCAUUCCCAGGGAUGAUGAAAACUAUGAUGAGGAGAUUGAGGUGUAUAAGCACCACCUUGAACAGACCUACAAGUUGUGCCGGCCAUGCCAGACGGCGGUGGAGUACUACAUCAAACACCAGAAUCGACAGCUGCGGGCUCUGCUCUUCAACCACCAGCUCAGACGCAGUCGGGAUGCUGAUAAAGCCUUUAUUAAGAACACCUACUCGCUCACCACACCAGCCUGGUUGAUCUUGCUCCGAGUCCUUGCGUUUCUCGCCUGUGCCUUUCUGGUAGCUGUGGCUUUGUCUGGAUAUGGAGAUGUGGCCGCCUCUGUCACGCAGACCUUAACCGGAGGAGUCACGCCACCUAAACGCCCCCGCCAAAAUGACAGUGAAAGCAAGGCUGAGGAGAGCAACAUGAUGUGGGAUGAUCUGGUGGGUCUUCUGCCGGAAAAGGCUGUGGAGAACGCUCGACUCGUCUGGCAGUCUGGAAGUGAUCAUCAGAUGGCUGUGGCCUCCGUUGGUCUCCUAACUUGCAUUACAGGUGUCUUAAUGGCAGGACCUGUCAGGUUGAGGAGGAUUGACGCUGUGGCCUCUGUGCUUUGGCUCCUGGUGAUAUGUUUUUACCUGGCAGAGUGUUACCUCAAGACGGACAUCCCUGAUUGGUUGGAAACGGUCAAGUUGGGCAUCACUUCUGUGUGUUGUCUGGUGGGAUUCGCUGCCGCUGUGGCAACACACAAAUCCACGAGUCAGAGAAGAGCCAGAGGUCGCAGGUAUCUGUCUGGCAGCUCUCCCGGGCCGUACUACAGUAAUCACUGUCCCUCACUGUCUGCACCUGUGUCUGGAACCUCUACCUUCAUCCCAACACCUCCGCCCAACCUAUCACAGCUGCUCAUCCGCCAGCAAAGUCACAGAACGCGCAAAGCCUCGCCCUCCUCGCUGCCUGGGCGGCUCAACAGGGCCCUCUCUCUGGGAACUAUCCCCUCCCUCGCACGAGCAGAUUCAGGUUUCCUGUUUAGUGGGAGUAGACCAUCUUCACAGUGUAAAGACUCUCCACCUUCAGAUUACUACUCUCUAAAAUCAGGAAGCCGACCCUCCUCUCCUGGACCGUCUCCAACCCCUUCCGUGGCAGGAUCCGUCACUUCCACCUCCAGCUCCGCCAGGCAACGUCGGCCACUCAUCAGCCCGGCCAGACUCAACAUCAGUGGUCAAAAGCUGCGGCUUUUCUCCUCUCCUCUGGAGCCUUUGAGUGUGGCCUCACCACUUCCCUUUCUUUCAGAGCCAAGCCACGUGCACAGCGGAGGAUUCUUGCCUGAUGUUCCCCACUUCCACUCACAGAAUCAUGGUUCAGUGAUCGAUGAGGGCAGUGUGUUUGAGCAUGUAGAGAAGCGAAUGGGCAGCUCCUCUACAUCUUCAAACUGCCAUGUAGACACAACCACAGGAAAUGGAACCGACAACAAACCUGGAUGGAAGGGUUUUUUGGGCUUGACGCUUUGGCCUGGUCUGCUCUUCGCCAGCCUGACCAUUAACUUAACCUUCAUCGGUGUCUAUCUAUACUACAAUUGGAGAUGAGAAUACAGAUCAGACCUCAGGAGUUGAAGGUCAAAGUGGGAUGUACACUGGUCUUUGUCACCUGUGUGCUGGAAAUACGUGGAUUGCAUUUCCCUUAGGUGACGACUACAACUUCAUUCUUGCUGCUCAAUAAAAUGGAGAAUAAAUGAAUUCUCAAAUAAAUGAGAAGACCGAAUUCUCUCAACUUGAGCUCUGUUAAAUACAGCUGAGAUUUCGCAAAGUAUGAUGUGAGCUUUGUAAAACAUGUUUUGGUGCAUGUUCAGUCAUUUCUUUGUGUUUUUAAACACUGGAUGUGUUUCAGAAUGAAUGAUUGUGCUGUUUAGUUUAACAGAAUUAUGUCUGUUGGGCAUGUAAUGCAUCUUUAUAAAAAAUUAGUUUGACGACUUUGCCAUAAUGCUGUACAUUGAAGUGUUUCUGUUUAUCCUACUUCCUCAAAGAAUAAUUCCAUGUCAUGUCAUUAUCGUAAUGAUGUGAUAUUACAAGGUGCAAUAUGUUUGUGUUGAUCUAAUUUUGUCAACAAUGUGAGCCUGAAAGAUUUGGUUUAGCAAAUGUCUGUUACUUUGUCCACUGAGCCUCUGUCUCCAUUUUAUGAUUCGACUCAUAAUGUCAAGGGAAACAGAAUAACAUGCAUAUUUUGUACAUAAGAUAAAGGUGUUUCAAUUACCAGAUUGAAAUAAAUCUCUCUUGUAAUAGUUA